GUUGGAGCACAUUUCGGGGAGUUUUUUUUUUUGGGGCGUAUUAGUGCGCUCAUAUCCCAGUGUGGUGGUGGUGUACCGUUAUACCUGGCGACUCUCCCUCCGCCUAGCGGUGCUCGGGGGCCGCCCGGCUGAGUGAACCGCUAUCCGGCUGCUAGAAUAACCCCGAGGAGCGCUUCAUGCUCACUUGUUUUCCUCCACGUUUCGUACCUUUUUUUCUUGUUUAUGCACUUUUUUUUUUUUUUUGACUUUCUUCCAGCGACACUUGCAACACUUGGCGGCAGGUUGCGGGGCUUUUCUCAUAACAACGUGGCCGCUGAGUUUGUAGUUUUUUACUGCAUGACAUUUUCAGGGCGAGGUUUGUAGCGAGGGGGUUUGCUUUUUCUUUCUUUCUUUCUUUCUUUCUUUUUUUUUUUUUUUGCUAACUUGCUGCAGACUCAGCCCCCGAACGGAGCUGAUCCUCGCUCCGGUUCAAAAAACUUUAUGUUUGUUGUGAUGGCCGGAUGGCUGAACCGUGCGGUUGUAUUGGGAUUUUUUUUUUAUUUUACUUUAUUUUUCAUCGGCUCUGGUCCCGUUCACUGCUGCUGCUGCUGCUUCUCCGGGUUGAUGGGAUGUUUAUGUGAUGUGCACCGCAGCGACACAUGCUCCUUAGCGAAGGUAAGAGUGGAAAUGACACCUUUUUGACGCCGUAAAAAAGUGGACUUGGGAGAGUUUUAUUUUCGUGCGUGCACGCAUUUCCUGAUUGGCCGCACCAGUUCGCGUUUAUUAAUAUGUCAUUUUUUAAUAAUCGCCGGAGAUUUGUUGUCGAUCGUGUUGAAAACUGCUUUUAUUACACAUUAACGACUUACACUUAAAUUCGGGUUUGUGUUUAUUUAGCAAAGCUGGACAUAUUUAUGGAUUUUAAUGCUUUAUAAUUAAGCAUACUUUUCGGGUUUGUUUUGGUUGGUCUACUUUCUGGUAUUUAUACGUUGAGUGGUAUUGGUUGUUCGGUAUUUGAUCUCAGUUUAUCUAGAGCUGGAUUAUUUUUGUUUGUACAUGUAGGUGGGUGCAGUAACUUUAAAUUUAGCCAUCCUCUUUUGGAGGAGGCAGCCCCUCAUUGGUCAGCUUCUUACCUGUGCUCUCCCCCUUCUUCCUUUUGUGUCAGCCAAUAAAAACAAGGUAAACGUAUAAAUAUAUUUAUAAUAUAUUGUUGUGAGGCUUCACGGGUGUGAGUCGAGGGGCUGGAAAGCACCUUUCUUUUUUUCCUCCCUCCUUCCUCCUGUGCUGACGCCACGACGGUGACUCUGUGCGUCUGUACAGGAGCCAUCAUUAUCAUCACCAUCAUCAUCAUGUUUACCUGAACGCGGAUAACGGGGCUGACAAAUGGCCUAGAAAUAAACCCAAAUAAACACCUGCGGCUCUCUAUAGCGUUGACGGAACAGGAUCCUGCUCGUCGUGUCCCUAAAGGCUCGGUGCGUCGUGAGGAGCCAGGAAAAAAAAAAACCGCUCCAAAUGUCAACUUGUGCAGUGACAGACUUCAACAAUGGCUUGGAGGCCAGUUCAGACUCAGAUGACGAGGACAAGCUACACAUUGUGGAGGAGGACAGCCUGCAGGAGCCUGAGGUCGCCGACGGCGACGGGACCACGGCGCAGGAGGAGGGCCAUGACGCCACCGCCGAGACAGUAUUACCCCAGAACGGCUCCUGGAACGGAGUGAAGGAAGAGUGCGUGUCCGAAGAGGAAGAGGAGGCAGCUGUGAAGGAUGCUCUAGUAGAAGAGAUUCUCCAGCAGGGAGACACAGCCAUCAUCUAUCCUGAAGCCCCCGAGGACGAGCAGAGUCCAGCAGAGACCGGAGGCGCUGAUGAAAACGGAACGCCUGAUUCCUUCUCCCAGUUGCACACUUGCCCCUACUGCUCCCGGGGCUACAAGCGCAACGCCUCGCUGAAGGAGCACAUCAAGUAUCGUCACGAGACCAGCGAGGACAACUACAGCUGCUCACAGUGCAGCUACACCUUCACCUACCGCUCGCAGCUGGAGAGGCACAUGACCCAUCACAGAGUCCUCAACAGAGAGCAGCAUUACUUGUCCCAGUUGAAAACAGGCUCCGGAGGCUCAGGCGGAUCGGGAGGAGGAUCGGGUGGGACGCGCAAGUUCAAGUGUACCGAGUGUUCCAAGGCCUUCAAAUACAAACACCACCUGAAGGAACACCUGCGCAUUCACAGCGGUGAGAAGCCCUACGAAUGCUCGAACUGCAAGAAGCGAUUCUCGCACUCGGGCUCCUACAGCUCCCACAUCAGUAGCAAGAAGUGCGUGGGUGCAGGCCCCCCUAACGGUGUCGCCCGAACAUCGAUCAAGCCCCCUCCGCCGACGACGCAGAGCAGACCUGUUGUGAUCGCACCGGCCCGUGUGAUUCUCAAAGAGAAAACUGAAAGUAAACCCCUCCAGGAGCAGCUGCCCGUCACGCAGAUCAAAUCAGAACCUGUGGAGUAUGAGUGCAAGCCUGUGAUGGCAGCACCAGCGACUUCCGCUGGCAGUAAUGGAGUGGUGAACGGAGGGACGACGCAGCCGGCCGUGGUCCCCGCUGCGACCGUGCCUCAGGGCGUGGCCAUGGUCGUACCGACGGUCGGCCUGAUGUUGCCCAUCAGCAUCAACAUAAAUGACUUGCAGAAUGUGCUGAAGGUGGCGAUGGACGGAAACGUACUCAGGCAGGUGUUGGGUUCGGCCAACGGGGUGGCGACGCAGGGGAAGCAGGGGAUUGUAUUGCAGCAGCCACAGCAACAGAUCAUCAGUCUACCGGCCUUCGUGGAUCACGAUGGAACCACAAAGAUCAUCAUCAACUACAGCAUCGGCCCCACGGCUGCCUCCACUGCCACUACCCAGCCCACGUCGCUCGUCGUCAAAAAUAACCCUCCUCCCCCGCCUGCCGUCACGACCACGGCCGCCGCCACGACUACCGCGGCCGCUGCAGCCCCUACCCCGACCAAAACAGACAAACCCCAAACCCCAGAGGUGGCUGACCUCACCAUCGUUAAGGCUGAGCCAGAACCUGUGCCCAUCAAAAAUACAGAGAAAGAGGAAGCCACACAGACAGAAAGUGUUAAAAGUUCAGAAUCAGCCCCUAUGCCAAAACCCAGCAGCAGCAGCAGCAGCAGUGCACCAGUACAAAGUAGUACAUGUUUACUAUGUGACGACUGUCCCGACAACCUGGAGGCGCUGCACCUCCUCCAGCAUCGCAAAGCGGCCAACGGCGAGGCCGUCGACUCCGCCGCUCUGGACCCGUCGUUUGCCGCUCUGCUAAGCGAGGCCGGGGUGACGCUGGAGGAGCCGCCCGUGGACGACCUCCUCUCGCUCCUCAAGACCUACUUUGCCUCCAACGCCAACCCCAGCGAGCAAGAGCUGACAAAGAUCUCGGAGUCCGUCAGCAUUCCGGUGGACGUGGUCAGAAAGUGGUUCAUCAAGAUGAACUCGGGUAAAAGCGUGGGGAAAUCCCACUGUCGCGCUGCGGCAGUUUCCAAAAAGACUGAAACCGCAAACUCAGAGGACACAUCAGUAGAAGAAGAAGAUAAAACCAUCCAGGAAGUAUCCAACAAAGCCUCAUCAGAGUCUGGCAGCGCCUCCCCGUCAGGCUCCACAUCACUCAACCUCAGCAACGGGGACCUCGUCAUUGUUAAAAGCGAACCCGAGGACCCGGAGGCCCCGGACUCCCAGGCAGAGCCCCUGGACCUCUCUCUUCCUAAACAUAUCACAGCAGCAUUAGAAAACGACGCGAAAACCACACCUCCCGUCAAGCAGCAGGAGCAGCCUCUGAACCUGACCUGCUUGAGGAAGGAGCAGCUCAAGGGUCAAACUAUCUACGUCACCGCGCCUCAGUCCGGGAGACCCGUCAACAUCGUCACCGCCGCGCAGCUACCCACCUUGUUGGCCAUUGCUGGCCAGGGCACGGUGGGAGCGGUGGGCUGCCUCAGCGCCAUCAACACCACCACGAAGCGCACCAUCCUCAUCCCCCAGCUCACAUACACCUACGCCACUACAGCCGGGAACGCCACCGGCGCCAAGACUGUCGUGCUCAAUGGCCAUAAGCAGGAGAAGCCUUUGGAGAGCAGCUCUGAAGCCGUCACAGCGACAGAGGAGCAGAGAGACUGUGAUUCGCCUGCAGUGAUAAAGAGGCGGCGGGUGGAAAACUGCAUCUACCCCUGUGAUCUUUGCUCCAAGGUCUUCCAGAAGGGCAGCUCCCUGCUCAGGCACAAAUACGAACACACAGGAAAACGGCCCCACGAGUGCAACGUCUGCAAGAAGGCUUUCAAACACAAACACCACCUGAUCGAACACUCGCGGCUGCACUCCGGGGAGAAACCCUACCAGUGCGACAAGUGCGGGAAGCGUUUCUCGCACUCGGGGUCGUACUCCCAGCACAUGAACCACCGCUACUCCUACUGCAAGAAGGACGGGCCCAACUCGGGCGCGGGGCCCCGCAGGGUCCAGCUGGAGCCCGGCAGCCGGACCGAGACCUCCCAGCUGGACUCAGACGAGAGGGAGAGCGAGGAGGACGAAGACGAGGACGACGAGGCCAUGUGCAUGGACGACAUCCGGGUGGUGCAGGUGGACGACGGCGAGUGCGAGAUCUACGAGGGCAACUUCGACGACGACGAGGAGGAGGAGGAGGAGGACGAGGAAGACGAGGAGGAGGAAGAGACAGAAAAAGAGAAGGUGGACGAGUUUGCUUGCGAUGUGGUCGAGGUGGAGCUGGGGGAGGACCACCCGCCGGGGGCGAGAACCGAAGAAAAAGACACGAGUGUGGUAGACUGUGAAGCGAAAACAGACAAAAGCUCCAGGGACUGGUCAGACAGCAGCGAACUUACAGAGGAAGACAUGACAAACGCCAAAUAAGAACGCAUCCGUGAAUGAAGUCACAUUAAAAACCGCAUCUUGCCAUCAGAAGAAAGUCACGGCAGUUGCCUGAUCUUAACGGUCCACUACUGUGUACAAAAACCCAGGUGUGCCUGAACUUGAAAAAGAAAAAAGAAAAAAAAAACUGAAAAAAGGUGACUUUUUAUUUGUGAAAAUGAAAAUAUCAGUGUUUAAAUUGUUUAUAGAAGUACAGAUUUUAAAAGUAGGACUCACCCAUCGGCUUGUUCGACUCGUUACUGACAUCCCAGGUUGUUUUUUUGGUUUUGUUUGUUUCUUUUCACCCAGUCAGUGUUACUAAUCCUGUUCUCGUUUAAAAACAACAAGAAAAAAAAAAAACAUUUUAACCUGUAAAGAUGAGAAAGAUUUCUAUACCUUUUUAUUGCCAAUGAAUUUUUCCUAAAUCAGUAUUUUAUUGAGUUCUACGAACAAAAACCUCUGCACUACAGUAUUCCUGGUUUACCUAUGGAUACAUGCCUCAUGCAUCGUAUGCCCUUCAGUGUUAUGUGUGUACACUAGCUAGCCACAUGUUGUUUGUGUUAGUGUUAAUCUUUGCUAGCUAGCAUUACCUUUCAGUUUGACUGUUAGCCUUAAGGAAAACAAAGUAUUCUUCGGGGAGGGAGGGGGAGAGGGAAGGAAGGAGGGGGAGAGGGGGAGGGGAGGGGGCGAGUCCGGGAUGCGGCUUCUGUACGCCAUAACCAAAUUUGUCCUAUCAGGGAAGGUGGAGUCACAACCUCAAAGCCAGCAUCGGGCGCCUCUGUUUCGCCCACCCGGCGGAUCCCGGGCGGGCGGAGUCUCCGGACGACGCCCGGCUCCUCCGGCUGUGGCUCCGAAACACGGGCGCCCCCAUUCUUACCGAGCUUUUCCUUAUUUUGGUCGACUUUCGUUCUCAGCCUCAGUAUUAUUAGCUUAUAAAUAAAUAAAUAAAUAUAUAUAUAUAUGAAGUCAUACUGUAUGUGAAGGAUCGGGGCUGUUUCCUGCUCCACCCCAAUGCCUCCAGCCUUAUGCAAGACCUUUGUGCUGUUAAAAGUGCCAUUGAACAGUGUUAUUAUUUCUUCUUCACACAUGUAGCCAGUAUUAUGUCCCUCUGUUACUGACACAAGACCCAUGUUGACUAAUGUUUGUUGACUUGCACAGAACAGCAAAUAUGUCACACCGACCGAAAAAUACUCCCUGUGGAAUUAGACCUUCUCUGUUGUUGUCAUUGUUGCUGUUGUUGUUAAGGAUUUGAAGCAGACACACAUGAAAACUGGAAAAUCUGAUCGUUUCCACUAACAAUUAAACAAAGUAGCGGAAAAUGGAGCUCCGUGUGGGCUCAUAAAUGUUUUAAUUGCCAUAAAAUUCCCCAAAGUCAGUUUGGAAAUGAUGAUAAAAAAAAAAAAAAUGAACAUAAACGAGAGAAUGAUUUGCCAAUUUACUAACUGAUGAGCUAAUCAGCUCUGUGUCGUCUCUACAAAAUAAAAUGUUCACGAUAAGGGGGGAAGUCACAGCCUUGUAAAAAAAACUAAAAAGAAGAAGAAGAGUCUGCAACUUUACUUGCAACUUAAAAUGUUUUCAGUGGAUACGAGUGUGUAGAAGACGUCUGAGAAAUAAACCGAGCUUUCCUGUGGAUAUAAAAAUGCCUUGAAACUUUCAGAUAAUCAGUUUCUCCGUGAGUUGACGUUUAAUACGUUGAAUAAAAUGUUUACAUCCCUGAACGCGCAGGGAGAGUUUCAAAACUUCAAACUUGAUAAUGUGCCCCGUCAGGUUGGCUCAGGACAAAUAAAACUAAAAGAAAAUUAAACCAAUUUCAAAUUUAAAUAAGUAAAAGAAAUUGUGGCGAGCUGUCCCGCACUUCAGGUAACAAGCGUUAGUGAAUGUGGUCUCUUUUGGUUUUACCGAACAGUGUUUAUUUUAUCUAUUUUAUUUUAUUUUUGAGUUCUCUGUAUGUGUUUGUCGACAAUGGCAGUAUUAGAACCCUUUUCACAGAAUUAAAAAAAAAAAUAAAAUAAAUAUACAUGUUUAGUUUUUAGAAGACUUUUUUAUAUUUAUGUGUCUUAUUUUUAUAUUUUCUUUUAUGGUUAUUUAUUACACAUUGUAGUGUACAUUACUGUAGUUUGAAUUGAUACAGUAAUAUAUUUUAGUAUGAAAAAUAAUCUCAAGACAAACAAAAUAAAAAAAAUCCCAAAAAUGUGGUUCUGGGGGAUGAAGUUUGUUUUUAACAAAAAAAAAGGAGGGGGGAAAAAGUCAAAAAAAAAAAAAUUAAAAAAGAUAACACGUGUAUUCUUGAAACUUGAUUGUUUUAAUGUAAAAAUAGAAAAGAGACAGGAAUGAAGUGAGAAAUAGAAACUGUUACAUGUGCAUCCGCUCUCUGCGUCGUUAUAAAGCUACUGAAUUCUAAAACUCUGUGAUUUUUUUUAAAAAGCAUGAGUCGUCGCCGUUUAAAUGAAGGAUCUUGUUAUGAAGACGUUACUCCUCCCUCUACUUUUUUUUUUUUUUUUGUAUUUUAUUUUAUUAUUUUGAAGCCAAAUUUGCAUCGUCGCGCCCCCCCCCGCUCCGUUUUCUGUCCUGUGCCAACUUGUUCCAUCGUACUGUUUGAAGGCUGCAUAAUGUUUGUCCCCCACACACCCUUUGUAAAAUCCACUGUCUUUUUUUUUUUUUUUUGUAUUGUUUUUAUUUUAGGUUUGCUCCAUUUUUAUGACUCCCCGUCACAAUAAAAUGUAAGACAGUA